AUGAUUGAGCUCCCACAAAUGCAGGUGCAGUCCCCAUGCCUUCGUACUGCGUGCCGAGUCACUGCUCUUCACAUGCUUGCUGCGCCGAGUCAUUUGGAGCCGGGAAGGAAGCAGAGAAGGCCUUCUCAUCUGUCCCCGCCCGCUUCCUUUCGUCGUCUUCUUCCUCAAGUUCCAAGUCUGCAUUUCCUGCGUUAUUGGACAUGGAUGGCCUGUCCAAAUUCUUGCAUUCUUUUUGUCAAUUCCGCUACUGUACCAAGCAUGGUUGUGUUGUGCUCCAGCCGAACUCUGACGGUCCCGUAA